CGAGGGAGGAAAAUGGCUGCGAAUUCUUCAGUAGUCUCGGUGGCAGUGGCCGCCACGACGGUGCCGGGCGUGUCCACUGUCGCGGAUUUCUCAGACUUGCAGGAAAUUAAAAAGCAGCUGCUGCUCAUCGCGGGCCUCACUCGGGAGCGGGGCCUGCUGCACAGCAGCAAAUGGUCUGCGGAGUUGGCCUUCUCUCUGCCCGCCUUGCCUUUGUCCGAGCUGCAGCCGCCGCCGCCUCUGACAGAGGAGGACGCGCAGGAUGUGGACGCUUACACCCUGGCCAAGGCCUACUUUGAUGUGAAAGAGUAUGACCGGGCGGCACAUUUCCUUCACGGCUGCAAUAGCAAGAAAGCCUAUUUCCUGUACAUGUAUUCCAGAUACCUGUCUGGAGAGAAGAAGAAGGAUGACGAAACAGUUGAUAGCCUAGGACCCCUAGAGAAAGGACAAGUCAAAAACGAGGCUCUCAGAGAACUGAGAGUGGAGCUCAGCCGGAAGCACCAGGCUCGGGGACUUGAUGGCUUCGGCCUUUACCUGUAUGGGGUGGUGCUUCGGAAACUGGACUUAGUGAAAGAGGCCAUUGAUGUGUUUGUGGAGGCUACUCAUGUUUUGCCUUUGCACUGGGGAGCCUGGUUGGAGCUGUGUAACCUGAUCACAGACAAAGAGAUGCUGAAGUUCCUGUCUUUGCCUGACACCUGGAUGAAAGAGUUCUUCUUGGCUCAUAUAUACACAGAACUGCAGCUGAUAGAGGAGGCCCUGCAGAAGUAUCAGCAUCUCAUUGAUGUGGGCUUUUCCAAGAGCUCGUACAUUGUUUCCCAAAUUGCAGUUGCCUAUCACAAUAUCAGAGAUAUCGACAAAGCCCUUUCUAUUUUCAAUGAGCUGAGGAAACAAGAUCCUUACAGGAUUGAAAAUAUGGACACAUUCUCCAACCUUCUCUAUGUCAGGAGCAUGAAGUCUGAAUUGAGUUACCUGGCGCAUAACCUCUGUGAAAUUGAUAAAUACCGAGUAGAAACAUGCUGUGUAAUUGGCAAUUAUUACAGCUUACGCUCCCAGCAUGAGAAAGCAGCUUUGUAUUUUCAGAGAGCCCUAAAGUUGAAUCCUCGGUACCUUGGGGCCUGGACACUGAUGGGGCAUGAGUACAUGGAGAUGAAGAACACGUCUGCAGCUAUUCAGGCUUACCGACAUGCCAUUGAGGUCAACAAGAGAGACUACAGAGCUUGGUAUGGCCUUGGACAGACCUAUGAAAUCCUUAAAAUGCCAUUUUAUUGCCUUUAUUAUUAUAGACGGGCCCACCAGCUUCGUCCCAAUGAUUCUCGCAUGCUGGUUGCCUUAGGAGAAUGUUAUGAGAAGCUCAAUCAACUAGUGGAAGCCAAAAAGUGUUAUUGGAGAGCAUAUGCCGUGGGAGACGUGGAGAAAAUGGCUCUGGUAAAGCUGGCCAAGCUUCAUGAACAGUUGACUGAGUCAGAGCAGGCUGCCCAGUGUUACAUCAAAUACAUCCAAGAUAUCUAUUCCUGUGGGGAGACCGUGGAGCACUUGGAGGAGAGCACAGCCUUCCGAUACCUGGCCCAGUACUAUUUUAAGUGCAAGCUGUGGGAUGAAGCUUCAACUUGUGCCCAAAAGUGUUGUGCAUUUAAUGAUACCCGGGAAGAAGGUAAGGCCUUGCUCCGCCAGAUCCUGCAGCUGAGGAACCAAGGGGAGACGCCCACCUCAGACACGCCGGGUACCUUUUUCCUCCCCGCCUCACUGUCUGCAAACAACACGCCCACACGCAGGGUUUCUCCACUCAACCUGUCUUCAGUCACACCAUAGUCGACUACUCUCACGUCAGCACAUUGCUAGACCAAUAGUAAACCUCACCUGCAGUAAAGAACAGUCACGUCUGUUCUCCCAAGGACCUAAGCUCUUCUCAUUUCUAUAGACAGAAACGGCUGAGGGGCAGCCUAUGGAACCACCGUCAGAGGCAGGCAGAAAUAUGGUGGGGGAAAGAUGGCCUUCUGCAGCCAGCUAGCAAUGCUCCCUUCUAUUCAGAGUGGCAGGUCUUGGCCUUUCUAGCCACUCCACUCCCCCAAGGAAUCCCUUUUACUACACUUAACCAGCAGUGAUGCCACGGAAGCAAGGUUUCAGCACUGCUGAGAGGGGUAGACAAGGGCGGAGGGAAGCUCACCAGGCUUGGUGCCUGUCCUCUGCACGCAGGGAGCACAGCUAGGACUUUUUUUUUAAGACAGGGUUUCUGUGUAUCCUAGCCUGUGGCCUUUCUGCCUCAGCCGCCCUAAUAAUGAUAGCACUACAGGCGAAUGCUGAGUGAGGCCUGACUAGAUCGACCUUUAUGUUACUGAGUGUACUGUUCGGAUAAGAGAUUAGGUUUAGAGUGGAGCUAUCCAUAUGAUCUUGGAGUUUUCAAAAGCAGCCUCCUAAAAUCUUCCAAGUGAGAGUCAGUGAGCAUGGACUGUGGCUCACAUGAGGGCCAGAUGGCCACUGUGGCCAUGCUAACUAUAUAUGAUGAAGCAACACAAGGAGAGAACUUCAUGGACAUUUUUGAAAGGAACUUUUUUACUUCAGAUAUUAAAGUCUAUGCUGGUAUCUUUUAGUAAAUGCUUGAUGUAAUUUUUUUUUUUUUAUCUCCAAUUUGGUUUUCAACCUUAUCUACAAGGUUGAAGAAUUCACUGUGUUUUUCUAGGUUUCAGAUCUGCUUGAUGUCUGCUACAAUGAGCUUGUGCAGUAGAUCAUUCCGUGGUUAGAAGCUAGCCUUCCUUCUCUUGUACUCAGAACAUUUUACUCCCCUUUUAAUGGAAGGAACACUAACUGGGUACCGUGUAGUGGUUCAUGUCUUUAAUCCCAGCAUUUGGAGACAGGCAGGUGGAUGUUUUGACAUAGCAACUUCCUGGCCAGACAAAGCUAUCCAAGCCUCUUGGGUAUCAAUUAAAAUUGUACUCAUUUCCAUUAGGCUGGUUCCCUCUGCUGUUCCUGUCCAAGGGUCUAACAGGCCAGAUGGUAUUUAUAUCAAUUUUCUGUCCCCCUUUUUAUAUUUUUCUAAAUUUGGAAUCCAAAUAAAAGCAUAAACAAUGUCUUUAUUCCAUAUA